UGGACUGAAACAUUGGCCAAGCACCAUGGAGUUUUAUCAGACGGAUUCUCAAGCACUUUUGUCACAGCUUCGUCGUCAAGAGGAGCUUUUGAAAUCGAAAAGAAGAUGGCUGCUGGGGCUUCCUACUUCUGUAUCUGGACCGAAGUAUUCUGAUCAUUCAGACAUUUUAAAUAAACGAAACUUGCCUGAAUCGUUGCUGAGAGAAGAUGAUGUUUUCUUUGGGACUGUCAAAACAAGAGUUGAAGAAGCAUUUGGAGUGUUAAAUAUUGAAACAAGGCAUCUUGGUAUUCGAGCUGAUCAAAUAUUAGAUACUUGCAAAGUUAGAAAAUUCAUCUUGUCAUGUCUCGAUGAUCUGAGCACCAGGGGACUUUACGCUCUUGCUAAAAUACUUUCAGAAGACUCGGUCAAAUUGGAAAAAACUCGCUGGAAGCUAAAAAGGGUCAUCAGAGAAUUUAUUCCAAAAGUUCUAGGAAGGAAAAGUCAAGAUUGCUAUCAAUUGGAAACUUUUAAACGAUUGUCUCAACUUCUCAAUGACACAACAAAUUUUCGAAGAAUACGCUCAGCAACUUCGACAUCCAGUACGACAUCAUUCCAUGAUGCUGCAUCACAGGUACUUUAUGGAUUAGGAGACAUGCCCACCCAAGUUCUCUUAGCUAUGCGUCGAAAACUUGAAGGAGUUCGAUUUUUGCCUCAGAUAAAAUAUCGCAAGCCUGGGUGGGGUCGUGAUCGUCUUAUUAAUCUUCUUACAAAAAUUAGUAAGAAGAUGCUUUCAUCGCUUGGUGAAGGAGGUGAAUUGCAAGAAUCACUUGCAAAGGCCAUGGCAGUGGCUGAUUUAUCACUCAAACUAGUACCAGGUCGUCAUAAUUUGUCCGUAAUUGAGUUUUAUCCCUUCUCACCCCAAAUAAAAACCUUGCACAAUGAAAUAGUAAAAGCCAUAUGGUUUGUUAGAAAGAAUUGCAACAUUGAGAAGCUCAAACGGUUAAAGUUUUUGUUGGAUCCUGAUGCUGAAGUGUCUCAUAGGUGUCUAAGAGCUGGUAUUAAGAGGAUGUUAACAGACUAUCUUUUUGAAUGUAGUGAUAUGGACACUGUGCCAAAGUCUCUUUUGAAAGCUUUAGCUAUGAUAAAAACAGAUUCUCGAAGUGCUCCACAUUCAGUUCUCUCACAGGAUGAAAUUGGAGAGGAGGUUGAAUAUGUAUUUAGUCUGAGUGCUCAGAUGAAACAAGUAGUUUGGGACUUACUACCUAACUGUGACUUUGAACAUGACUUUGCUGAUGCAUAUAUGGAAGAGUUAGAAGAGAGUGACGAUGAUUAUGGUGAUAACGACGAUAAUAUUUUUGAUGGCUUGCCUCAAGAAGACCAUGGACCCCACUCUGUUUUUGUUGAAGGUAUGGGGGAAUCAAUGCCAGCCAAUCUGGAUUAUGCAUCAGUGGGGAAUAUCUUGUCCCCUAGUCAGGCGUCCUUGAAAAAUGCAGAUGUGGAGCCUUUCGAAUGUUCUAAACCUACCCCUUUUACUAGGGAGGGUUCUUUAGAUUCUUCUUUUAAUUACCACCCUUCAUUCAUGGAAUCCAAAGUUCAGCCAGAGACAUAUAACCUGUCUUCUAACCAACAAGUAGGGAACAGAGACACGCCAAAUACUUUGUUGGAUAAUCGCACUAGGAGUUAUACCUCAAAAUCAACCUGUUUAACUUCUUUGAACAUGUCGUGUCCAAUACCUCAGAUGGAGCCUAGUAAACCAAGCACGUUUAAGAAUCAGUACCUUGUGGUUCAAGAAGCUUGUGAUGAAACUAGCAUGAUUACUUAUAAUUUCAUUGGCCGCUUGCUAGAAGAGUAUGCAAAGAGUGAAGGCAUAGAGUUAGAUUGGUGCGCUAAUUUAUAUCUAAGUUGCAACUCUUCAGUUGAAGAAGACCUUCCUGAAGUUGAACAGACUCGUAUUAAGGCGAAGGGAGGCGCUUCAGUAAUUAUUCAAGUUUGUGAGGAGUUAAUACCUUCUCUUUCUAAGAGUGGAACAAAGAGACUUGAACAGUUGCUGAUGACUGAAACAAAGGGAUUUUGUUUGUCUGAGUUAGAAGUUGGUCUUUGGGCAGUCUGAUGGCGGAGCAACCAGAAUUGAAUCACCCGAAUUCAUCCCGGGGCGAAAUGAAGCAGUUGAUAUUGUGUUUGAGGAAGUUCGUAUGAAGCGUUUUCGUAAACUUAUGUCACACUCUGGCACAGCAAGAGGCAAACUAGAAUGGCCGGAGAAGAAAAGGACAGCCUCAUAGUCUGGGGAGCUGAACUACUUCUAGUAGAGUUAUUUCUUCUCUACUUCCCUCUCUCUCUAUCUCUCUGAACUUACUCGCUCGAGUUACAGGGUUUCAUUACCGGGACGAGCUUUCAAUGGCCUUGGCCUUUGACGGGUCUCGUUUAAAAUAGUACCGAUUCUAAUCGGUUCGAUAUUCAAUCUCCGAUGUCGGAAACCGAGUCGAAUGCAACAGGAAAGGUGGUUGCAGUGGCCAAAUUCUUCUGUUGUGUUGAUGGUGAAAGGUAGAUAAAAAUGAGGUACAAAACAGCUGAAGUACAAGAUGCGGAGGAAGGGGGAACUUUUGAGUUGUUUAUUAUUAUUCUUUUUUUUUUUUUUCCUAUUUAGAUAAUAU